AUGGCUUCAAGUCAUCAACCCGCAGCACCGAUUAGCUUGACAACCCCUCCAGCGCAAAGCCCACCCACACAAACUUCUCCUGUACAAGAAAACCCAACGGCCGCUGAUCAGAACCCUCGGCCCCGACAGGAUACCAAACGUGUGCUUACGGCUAAUGCAAGUGGCAUCUCAAACCAUCUCCAAUGGACAAUGAUCCCACUGCAUUCAACAAAUUCGCUGAUCUCUUCUCCGUCCAACUCUGGCAGUGGGUUGGGUGCCAUUGAGAUCCAGCAUCCUGCUGAUGAGCACCGUCGAUUCACGGUCGCAUCGAUGGCUUAG